AGUUCCUUCACUUUUCUGCACCUCAGUUUUCUCACCUGCAAAAUGGGGACAAGAACAGUCAUACUUCGUCGGAUUGUCGCGAAGAUUAAAGAGGUUAAGACGUGCGUCAAGUGGCCAGCCCGCAGGCAAGGCUCGGUGUUGCAGAUCUGCCCUGCAGACCGGAACUUGGACAUCGCGGCUGACGGCGGCUGGCCUCGUGUCCCCCCGAAGCAGAGGAGAGAACGCCGCGCUCACCUUGUGAAUUUCUUUUUUUUCUUUUUUUUUUUUUGCUGACUAAUGCUCUCCUUCUGUGCAAAGCGUCCUCUUCUCUCGCUUUUAAGACCACAAAGCGUAACCAUCCAUGAAUUGUUGCCAGACAUCACCAAGCCAUUCCUGGGUUUUUCCCACAGUCAUCCUCUGCUGCUUUGGAUUUUUCUCAAUGAUGAAACCAUCAGAACCAUUUGUUGUACCUUAUUUAGCAGGACCAGAUAAAAAUAUAAGCCUCAGCACGAUCACAAAAGAGGUCUUUCCCAUCUGGACAUACUCUUACCUGGCACUGCUGCUCCCAGUGUUCAUCGUCACCGACUACGUCCGCUACAAGCCAGUCAUUAUCCUGCAGGGGAUCAGCUUCGUCGUCACCUGGCUGCUGCUUGUGUUUGGUCAAGGACUGAGAGCCAUGCAGGUGCUAGAGUUCUUCUAUGGGAUGGUCUCCGCCACCGAGGUGGCCUACUAUGCCUACAUUUACAGCGUGGUCAGCCCGGAGCACUACCAGAAAGUGAGCGGCUACUGCAGGAGCGUCACCCUGGUGGCCUACACAGUGGCCUCGGUGCUGGCCCAGCUCCUGGUAUCCCUGGGCAGCCUGUCGUACUUUCACCUCAACGUCAUAUCCUUGGCCUCUGUCUGUGUGGCCCUUCUUUUCUCCCUGUUCCUACCAAUGCCUGAGAAGAGCAUGUUUUUUCAUGUACAACCCGGCAAAGGAGCUCCUCCCAAGCCACCGGGAAAGGAUGCUUUCUCAAAGGAACCACAAAAGGAUCGCAAACCAGUCUGCAAAGGAUUAGUCACCUUUUCAGGGAACCUGGGUGACGACGAUCCUCUGAACGAUCCAAAGCCGGGAAAUGUAACGCUGAGAGUUUUUGUGCAGUGGUUCCAAGAUUUGAAGGGUUGCUACUCCUCAAAGCAUCUUUUUUACUGGUCCCUGUGGUGGGCUUUUUCCACAGCAGGUUUUAACCAGGUUUUGAACUAUGUUCAAAUCCUGUGGGAUUACAAGGCACCAUCCCAGAGCUCUGCAAUCUAUAACGGAGCAGUAGAAGCCCUUGCAACGUUUGGAGGGGCUCUGGCAGCCUUCACAGCGGGCUGUGUGAAAGUCAAUUGGAACCUCCUGGGAGAGCUGGCUCUGGCGAUCUUCUCAGCGGCAGAUGCAGGCUCUCUGCUUCUCAUGCAUUACACAACUAAUAUUUGGGGGUGCUAUGCCGGUUUUUUGAUAUUCAAGUCCAGUUACAUGCUUCUCAUAACGAUAGCAGCAUUUCAGAUUGCUGUUAACCUCAGCGUGGAACGCUAUGCCCUGAUAUUUGGAAUCAACACCUUCGUUGCCUUGGUGAUCCAGACUGUCAUGACUAUAGCUGUGGUUGACAACCAGGGACUGGGGCUUCCGGUCAGCAUACAGUUUUUAAUUUAUGGGAGUUAUUUCUCUGUUAUUGCUGGAAUUUUCCUAAUGAGAAGCAUUUACAUAAUCUAUUCAGCCAAAUGCAGACAGGGAAGAUGUAAUUCUACUACUGACCAGAAUCCACAUGAUCCAGAGGACUCCAUUUCUGACACGAACACAGUGACGCAGUUUUAGCCUGGUCUCUCCUAUCAUGGACUCAGAAGACGGACUGUUCCUACAUGGCAUUUUAAUUGUUUGUCCUAGAUUAAGACACCGUAAAAGACAGAAUUAUCAUCAACACUACAUCAAAACCUCAGCUACGGGCCGGUGAGCAGGGUACAACCAGAAACUGGAGUUGACCAAGUUGAAACCAGCCAUCUUUAUGGCCUCGGUGAGCAACUGGGACCCUAAGUACUGUUUGAAUACUUUGAAGUCCAUCCCAAAACAACAUGGAAAUCAGACAAGUGGGACCAUCCAAAAACAGAAAGAUGAAAUAUCCCAGAGUUAAUGAUAUAUAUUAGCUUUCUGUGCCCAACCUCAUAAAAGUGUGAUUUGUUUUGAUCUAGGUAAUAAAGAAGUUUCUAGCACAGGCCUGAUGCAUAUUAAAUGAUCACUACGUGAUAACAGGGACUCCUGGGUGACUUGGUCAGUUAAGCAUCAGACUCUUGAUUUCGGCUCAGGUCAUGAUCUCAGGGUCAUGAUAUCGAGCCUCGCAUCAGACUCCCCACUGACGGCGCGAGGUCUGCUUAGGAUGUUCUCUCUCCCUCUCUCUCUCUCUCUGCCCCUCCCCCACUCACCUGGGAGCACAUGCUCUCUCUCUCUCAAAAAAAAUAAAAUAUGUGAUAACCAUAUUGUAUUCAUGUUGUAUACUACCAAAAACAUUAGAAUGGGGAAAAUAAUUUAAUUCCCCCAAAAGGAGGCCAAAAAAUUAAGGGAAAAUUUUUCCUUAAACUUUACCAUGACCCUGCAUGAAAAGACUGAAUGUUGUAAUGAUUUCAGUUCUUCUCAAACUAAUUUAUAAGUUUGUUGCAAUUUGUGACGGUCUUAUGUGUCCACUUGACUGGGCCAAGUUUCUCAUUGAUUCUAAUAAACACUAAUGGAGGUA